CUCUCAUUUCUGACACCUUUCCCUGCUUCCCCCAUAGGUGUUUCUCCUUCUGCUUCUCUGAGGACAGCGCUGCCCUGGCUAUGGCCCUGGCCAAGGAGACAGGGGGUGAAGCUGCCUACGUCUCCUCUGACAGCAGUAUGAGCCUUGUGGUGCUGAAGUGCCUGAAGCAGGCCCUCAAGCCAGCAGCUGAGGGAGUCUCUCUGAGCUGGACCCUGCCCCGCGGCCUGGAGGUUGAGGUGCUGGGGGGCACUCCUCAGUCCAUCUUCCAGGGUCAACACAACCUCCUCUAUGCCCAGAUCCAUGGACAGGCACAGGAUACAACAGUGGCCAAAGGGGUCAUGACCUUGCAGUACAGCCUGGAUGGCCAAGAUGUCACUUACACCAUUGAAUUCCCCCUGUGCCCACAGGGAGAUGGCCGGCUGGCUGGGCAUCGUCUGGCUGCGAGGUGCUUGAUGAAGAGGUUGUUGCCAGAGUCUGUGAGUGGGUCAGGGGAGGAACCAAGACAUCGCGCAGUUGAGAUCAGCCUCACUUCGGGGAUCAUCUGCCCCUUUACCAGCUAUGUGGGGGUUCGCACACCACAGAGGGUCACCUGGUACCAAAGGCCCCUGGCACUGUUGCCACCCCGCCAGUCACUCAUCCCCUGCCAGAUCGUUGAACUUCGUGGCUCCAGGAUCUCUUCCUGCUAUCCUAAGAGCAUCUGGGUCCCACCUGGCUGGCUGACAGCGGUGCGUGCAUCAUGGCUUGCCCUCCGUCAACUUACCCAUGACAUUGCUGCCCUGCCCCAGAGGGGAGCUUGCUCAAAAGCAUGUAAACCACCACCACCACUUUUUUCUUCUCUCAAGUAUGUGGAUCGCAUGGAAUUUGGUUUGUGCUCUUCAAUUUUGUGGCGAUGGUGCCCUGAAGCCGCUGCCAAGUGUCAGGAGCUGGUGGCCCUGCAGAAUGCAGAUGGCUCCUGGGCCCUCAGCUCAGGACUGGCCUCUGUGCUAGAAGUUGAUGAGGAUGAAAUCAAGGGAAAGAUGCCUGAUGAGGUCAUGGAGCCAAGCAUCUGGGCCACAGUGCUGGCUGUGACCUGGCUACACAGACAUGACGAGUAUUACCAAGACCUCUGUGAGCUGCUGGAGGCCAAGGCUGUGACCUGGCUGUGCAGCCAAGCUGUGUCUCAGCUGGACAAGUGCCUGGAGACAGCCAACACCCUCCUUGGGAGCAGCGUGAAGCCAAGUGUUUUCAGGCUCUGAGCUCAACACGUGCCUGUGCUACAGAUCAGCAGCACCUGCAGAGAUAAAAAGGGCCAGAAAGUAUAGCCUAAAUUCACCUACCAUGCUGGGAUACCACUAUUGCUACCAGCUGCGAUCUUACAUUACAGAUGAAUUCUCACUGCUUAUGUCUUAUACCAGUUGGGCUGAACCUGUAGCAUGCCGAACUCCUCAAGAGAAAGCCUCUAGUUCAGAGCCUCCAGCGUGUUUGGUUUGGAUGGAGGUGGGAGUGGGAAGGAAGCAUCACAUUCUCCAGUGGUUGCGCUUCCUGCAUUUGGCUUUGGCAAAAUGGGCUACUGGCCUCCACAAAGGUGGUGCUUAGGGAGAUGGUUUAGUGGUGGUUUUGGUAGUGUUAGGUUAACAAUUGGACUUGAUGGUCUGCAGGGUCUUUUCCAAUGCAAAUUAUUAUAUGAUUCUAUGGUUUCUGUCCUGACGAGAGACUGCUGUGCACACCAGAAGAGUGUUUAGAGGUGUCAACGGCAGUGGCUCCCAAUGAAGGACUCCUGCUGCACCCCACUCACCGAACUCUUCCCUUUACCCCAUAAGAUCAGGCUGUGUCAGGAACUCCCGUAUCUGCGUUGCCAUGUAAAGCAAUCAUUUUGGAAGUAAAACUCUCAUCCGCAUCAGUCCCAGCCCAUCACAAUGUCCAAGAGAACUCAUGUGGGGCGAGAUUGAUUUGAAAACUAGUAGUAUGUUGGAGGUGGAACAGCAGGAGGUUUUGAUUAGCAAACCAAUCAUGCAAUGUACCACCUCCUGCCCCAGCACCCUUCAUUCAUGGGUCUCAUGCCGUGUUGGCAAAGUCUCUGAUUCAUUUUCCAAUAAACAGUGAAUCUUC